AUGAAACCCACCGAGGCAGUUGAGAAACCUGAAUUACCAGAAUGUGGUCAAGCGCUAGCCAAGGUUGUAAACAAAAAUGCCAUUGUGUGUGAGUUUUGCGGCAAAACGUUCAAAUCUCAAGCGGCACUUCGACAGCACGAAAUAAUUCACUACGGUAUUAAGCAACACGAAUGUGAGUCAUGCCAUCGCCGGUUUUUGCACAAAACCACCUUAACGUGCCACCAACGAAUGCACACGGGUGAAAAGCCGUACAAGUGCCCACACUGUCCUAAAACAUUCCGGGGGCAAACGGCACUCAACUGCCACAUCUUUAGGCACACGAACGAGGGACCCAAAUGUCCCGUAUGUUCGAAAGUUUAUGCCACGAGUUCGGUUAUGAAGCAACACCUGAAACAGGUGCACACGACCGAACGAUCGAACGUGUGCAAUCUGUGCGGUGUGACAUACAAACAUCGGAAUAGUUUAAGAAUACAUUUGCGCAACCACCAGAAGCGUGUGUGUCCAGAGUGUGGUGCUGAAUUUGACAGUGUGCAUGCCAUGCUAAAGCACCGGAAGCAGUCGCACAAGAAGGAAAAUCUACCGUUCAAAUGUGAACACUGUGAUCGAGCGUUUGAGCACCGUUCUAAGCUUGCUUCACACGAGAACCUGAGGGGACGGUUGUUUCAGUGUGAACUAUGCUGCCAUAGCUUCAACAAGCAAGACUUCCUAACCAAUCAUCAACGUCGUAUUCAUUGGAAGGUAAUGGGUCUGGAGCGACUGAGAGUGGCCGAACCCUUGAAUGGGUGGAACCGAAAAGGCAUCCCAAAACCAAAAGGCACGAAGACAUCCUCGAAAGCUAUGCAACAGGAAGGUAUUAACAUCCAAAAUGGUUUGGUAGAUGAAUGUGGGAAACAAAACGAUUCCUGCGAUGCAAAAGAUGUCUCGACAAUCAAGGAAGAGUCGGCUAUAGUAUCGGAUCAUGCAGAUCUCGAAACAACGGAUGAAUGCCAUGUUCGUCAACCAUGUUCAGAUGUAAUGCCCCGGGAAGAGGAUUUCUCCAAUGAACCAGUUCUUAACAGAGAAGAGAAAUUGGACAAUGUGACAUAUGCAAACAAUUCAACUGAUUCGCAGAACAUUCAAGAUUUAAAAGCCAGUCACAAGAAAAACAAUGAUUUCUGUUGUUCGUUAUGUGGAAUUAUUUGCGAAGGAGCAGCAGCGUUAAAGCGCCAUCAAUGUGAACCUAGGAAAACGCAACAACAAAGUUCAAAGGAUUCGUUAAUAUGCGAAAUAUGUGGCAAUUCGUAUGCAUCGGUAGGCACUCUUUUCGUGCAUCAUGUCCGACAGCACCGCGCAGCUCGCUUUCAGUGUGAUCGCUGCCACCGAUCGUUCGGCUUUCUUUGCAUCCUGGAGAAACAUAUACGUACGGAACAUGAACAUGAGCGUGUGUCAUGCAAUUUGUGUGGCAAAACAUUUAAAUAUGCACAAGAUUUGAAGGUGCACAUGCAACAUCACGAUGAUCCAAGACCGUUCAAGUGCGAUCAGUGUGAUUCCAGCUUUCGGUUCCCUAGUGCACUGAAAUCACACACAAUCUUACACCAAAAAGAACAUCCGUUCAAAUGUGACGUCUGUGGAAAGGAUUUUCGUUACGAAAAUAGUCUGCGUGUUCACAAACGAUUGCACACUGGGAUGAAGAAAUUUAAAUGUGAUGUUUGUGAAAGAGAAUUUUCAACCAAAGCGCCCAUGUUGCGGCACAUGAAGGUGCACGAGAGUGGUCGAGAGAUGGCGUGCGUAGUUUGUGGGCUAGUGUAUUACAAAAAAGUCGAUCUUGAAAUUCAUCAAAGCAAGGAGCAUCCCGAUCAUGCGUCCGUGGGCAAGGUGAAACCUAUUCUGCGCUGUGACAAAUGUGGAAAGGAAUUUACAAAGAAAAGUAAUUUGAAAGCUCAUUCGUACACACACGAGGAAGUGUAUCGGUUUCCAUGUACGCAGUGUAGUCAGUCCUUCAAACAACGUGCCGGAUUGCUGAACCACACAAAUGUUUAUCAUAGAGCAACUGUUGUGCCAGCAACGGCUGGAAGCUGA